UGUUCCUCUGGCCAGCUGCAUGUUAUUUGUUAAUCGGCUUGGUUAUAGCACUUUAUGAAUUAAAAAUUAAAUUUAACCAUGUUGCGAUCGAGGAUUUCCUGCGCAAUUCCACCCAGAAGACUGGUGUCCUACUUCUCCGCGGAAUUCAACAAGUUGGCGAACGAGGGACCAGCGAAAUUCGCCGCUAGUAGCAGUCAUGCUGUAACAAAUAUAGACUUGGAUCUGUUUGUCAAUCCGGAUAAUCGUCCCAUGGACCUGGUGGAUCGCCUGCUCAAGCUCAGAAAGCAAAAGGAGGCGAGUUUGGUGCCCCUACUCCCAAGUGUUCUGGUCAAGCAAUUGCUGGACUCCACCAAUCCGCAGGAGGCGAUAUCGGUGCUGCGUAGUCCCACCAAGUACGGCCUGUUCGUGGACCAGUUCUCCGGCUGCUUUCUGAUGGAUUUCCUUCUUAACAAUGGCCACGCCGUGGAAUCGGCCCAGGUGGCCACUAUUCUCGUGGACAGGGGCUUAUGCAACAACCAGUUGAUCGAGUCCCUGGCCCUCCAGUCGUUUUGGUCCUUUGCCAAGGACUUCAAGCCCUUUGAGUCCUCUCAAGUUCAACCUCCUGCCAAAAAUGCCGAAGUGGAAAAGGUUCGUGUGAAGUUCAUUCGCAAUUAUCCCGACGAUGCCAGCGAAAACACCGAGGAAAAGAAACUGGGUCGAGCCAUGAUUCGAUUGGGUUCCGGCGAAGGGUCCUUGAAAGAGCUGAAGCAGAACAUUGCCCUACUUGGCUAUGUCAUAUCCGGUCAGGUAGCAGAGGCCUCCAGUUUUCUGGCCAAGAACCAAGCUGCUCUCCACAAGGAAACUCUGACCGCUGCCCAAAGUGUAGUUGAGAGCCUGAAAUUAGAGGGAUCCGAAGAGUUGCUUAAAUCCCUGCAAGAAACCCUCGAGAAGAGUACCAAAUCGAAUGCCAUUCAAACGCUUCUGGAGAAUAGCGUCAAAUCCAGUGCCCAGAAGUUUGAACCCAAACUCCUGGCCGAAUACGGUGAGUCCUAUCAGGAAUGGGCUAAGAAGUUCGAGAGUGCCGUUCAGUACCAAUUGGAAGCCCAAAGCUUGGAGGAGCGUAGGGCCAGCAUUCAGAAGACGCUCAGCGAACUGGAGUCGAAGCGCCAGAAUCUCUGGUUCUUCGAAAACAGAGACGACAUCGACAUUCAGAUCUACAAGAAGAAGGUAUACUAUCCCAAGCGCUGGCUCGGCAAGAAGAAGAAGCCCAAGGCAGCCGACACCUUCUAUGUGCCCCCAAAUAUUACGCACAAUGCUUAACCCUUGACCCUUGACCCCCAUGUGGCCAGAAACAAGUUAGAUCCAAUUGUUUUUAAGCUUUAAUUAAACUACUGGAGAGUUAAUCCAAA